UGAAGGGAGGUUGUGUGUUGCGUAUUCCUGAAAUCAAUUACUUCAAUUACGGGCAUCGAAUUAAAAACUAUACCUAUUGAAUCUUUGAACGGAUCACGUUCAUAUCCCCCGCCAUGGGUGAUGACGAGGACAACAACGCCUUCUGGAGCUCCCGCUGGUCGGACGACCCCUCGUGGCACCUGGACGAGGUGAACCCUCACCUGCGCCGCCAUCUUAGCCACCUCGCCCCGCCCCCUGGCCGCCAUCGCAUCUUUGUGCCCCUCUGUGGCAAGAGCCUCGACCUCAAGUGGUUGCACAGCAAGGGGCACAGCGUGGUGGGGGUGGAGCUCGUCGAAGAAGUCGUUAAAAAUUUCUUCGAAGAAAACGAACCAAAUUAUUUAGUGAAGGACCUGGGCUGGGGCACGCUGUACACGAACGCGAGGCGGUCGCUGCAGAUCUACGUGGGUGACAUCUUCAAGCUCAAGAUGGAGGAGCUGGGGCGCUUCGAUGGCGUCUGGGACAGAGGGGCGCUAGUGUCCAUCCCUGAGGCCCGGAGAGCUGAGGACAGAGGGGCGCUGGUGUCCAUCCCUGAGGCCCGGAGAGCUGAGUAUGCGGCCAUCAUCCGACGGCUGCUGCGGCCGCACUUCAGAUACCUCCUCAACAACUUCCUCUACCGCCCACCUGAGAAGUUUGAGGGACCUCCCUACACUGUACCUAACUACACUGUGCACGAGCUGUUUGGACAAAUCGCGAUCUGGAAAAUACUGGAAACCGAGGAGAUGAUGUCCAAGGAGGAGAUGCAGGCAAGGGGGCUGGAGGUGGCAAUGCAGGUCUUCCUGCUGCUCACCCCCAAGCACCUGUAGGGGGAUGGGGGGAAGUGGGGCAUGGGUAAGUUG